AUGCCAUCAACAGCCCAUCACCGAAAUCGACGUGCAGCGAAAGCCUGCCUGUCGUGUCGGAAACGGAAGGUUAGAUGCGAUUAUGCAGCGAAAGGUUCACCAUGUUCGAACUGCUAUCAAGAUGGGUUCGAAUGCCAGGCUAUUGAUCGAAAGAAGCGUCAAAGAAUCGCCAUAGAUGGAGCUAGCCCCAUUCUACCAUCCUCGAUUCUUGAUCAGACGCGUCUCGAUGCAACUGGUACCUCUUCUACAGGUCUCCGGGUGUCCGGCAGCGCAGCUGUCGAGGAGCUGUCUGCAACUCCAGAGGAGAUUGAGCGAGCUUCAACACGACGGACAUCAUCCUUCUCCAGACACAGGUUGCUGCAUUCGGUCCCACAUUAUGCCUUUUUGAUGCGCCUCUCUCAAGCUCAACGUCCUGAUGCGGGAUCUCUCGAGGACAUAGUGCUUCAACUGGCAUCAGACAAAAACCAUGGAUCCAUUACACCAAUAUCUGGAUGCGGUGAAAAUGAGUUGCAAUAUCUCAAGAACGUCGGGUGCUUCGACAUUCCCCCACCACACGUCCUCUUGGCCUUGAUUGAUGCGUAUUUCACUAUUUUCCACCCGUUCUUCCCUGUUGUCCAGAAGUCGGAGUUCUUGCACUCUGUUAAAUCUGUCGAAGGUUGGGCGAACACCAGUCCAAAUGCUGCACAUCAUGCAAGCUCUACUCAAGCUGCUUCUUAUCCUUCAGGCCGCCAUUCACAUUCCUGUCUCUUGCUGCUCCAAGCCGUGCUCUUCAUAGCGAUUGGAGUUGUGCCCUCUGGGAUCGUUUCGGCCGCAGGAUUCUCAUCCCGCAAGCAAGCGCGCCACGCGUAUUACCUCAAGGCGCGCCGACUCUAUGACCUCGACUAUAAUGAAGACCCGAUUGCAACUAUUCAGGCCUUAUUGCUGAUAAGUCAGUACUAUCCUUCUAUCACUGAACGCAAGCACACGUGGCAUUGGAUACACCAAGCCAUCAGCUUGGCACAAGUCAGCGGGUUGCACAGAGAUCCCGGGAAUGUCCCUCACCGGGCUUUGUGGGCACGAAUUUGGUGGGCCUGUGUCGUCCGGGAUCGCUGCAAUGGCCUGGGAACUGGUCGUCCUCUCAUGAUCAACAGCCUAGACUGCACUACAUUGAUGCUUGUGCUCGAAGACGUGAAAGAAGAAGGUGACUCCGAGCAAGAUCUUGAGAUCAAGGCCAUAUUCAUCGAAUUUGUCAAGCUUUGCCAGAUCGUCGAAGGCAUUGUAACUCUACGGUAUUCAAGCUCAGUGACAGAUGCGGCCCCUCCUGAUCAACUCAAAGUCUGCGAAGAUGCCUUGGAACACUGGAUGCGAUCUCUGCCACCUCAGGCGAAAAGACAAGACCAUUUGCAAGCUGUCUCGGGAAACAUAGGGGUCGCUGCUAUGUAUCGGGCGGUAUUGCAUGCAUGCUUCAAUACCAUUCGCAUCGCAUUGUACCAGUCACUUACUCUCUGGAACGGAGCAGGCGAUUGGACUACUACAUGUCAGCAAAAGGUUGAGUUUGCAGCCUUGGAUAACACGCAGCUGUUUACUCAUCUCGUCAACCUUGACCUGGUGAGGUUUUGUCCCACAAUUGCUGUCACUUUCACUUUGGCGCCUCUCAUUGUGCACGUUCUUGGAAUUAGAUCCUCAAGAUCGGAGGAAAGACUCCAGGUUCACAAGAAUCGGUUUGAGCUUUGCAUGAUAUUCUUGCGCCAGUUGCGUGAUAUUUAUUGGCACGCUAUUUUUUACUGCGAAUUCUUCGAGCUGGCCGCAUCAAUCAAGGACCAUGAUUUGAGGACGCAAAUGUCAGAAGCACAUGAUCCUUUAGCUUCGUUCCUCACCCAGCGCAUCAGUGUCGGCGAUCUUAUGGUCCUUCGACAUUACCAGAACCUUGGAAGAGCUAGCAAAGUGGAUGACCUACCUCUGCCCCCGGAAGCAUCACCAGUCUAUCCACGAGAAUGGCCUCAAACCGCGGGACCAGAAGUCCAUGGUCAUAGUAAGCAAAGAGAGAUGUCAUCAGGUUUAAAUACACCAAAUCUCUCAUCCUCGGCAGAUCUCGAUCCCGUCUAUUUACGCCAUAUUGAACCUAUGAACAUGAACGAUUGGCUAGCAGCACAUUCGCGUGCUGGUCAAUCAAUUCCAUUUGCCUGA